AUGAAUGUUAUAGUAUGGAAUUGCAGAGGCGCUUUUAAGCCCUCUUUCCAAAAUCAUGUUCAUGAGCUGGUUCAUAACCAUAACCCAGCGAUUUUUGUUGUAAUGGAAACUCGUAUUAGAGGGGAAAGGGCUAGGGAGAUUAUUGAUCGGUCGCCUUUUGAUGGGUGUAUCCAUACGGAGACGAUUGGCUAUGCUGGUGGGCUCUGGAUGCUCUGGAACUCGGAGAGUGUGGAGGUAACUCCGUUAUCCAACACGGAGCAAGAAAUUCAUACUCUAGUUAAGGUACGUAAUUCUAAUGCUAGCUGGAUGUUUUCUGCUGUGUAUGCUAGUCCUAGGACUGCAGAGAGAAUUAUCUUAUGGAAUAAUUUAAUUAAAGUGUCGGAAUUGCAUAACAUGUCUUGGGUGUUAGCUGGGGACUUUAAUGAACCCCUCUUGGGGGAAGAUAAGUUUGGUGGAAGAGCGGUGAGUGUUAAUAGGUCAUUGCUCUUUAAAGAGUGCUUGGACAAAUGUAGUAUGAUAGAUAUUGGGUUCUCUGGUCCUAGGUUCUCUGGUCCUAGGUUCACUUGGACAAACAAAAGAGAUAUUCAAGCUCUUAUUUAG